UUGUUUGAAUAUAGGUGUUUAGGAGUGAGUGAUUGGAAAUCUACGUUAGGGACGGAAGACGGCACUGGAGAAACUGGAGAAGGGAGUGGUGCAAGUGGGGAGGAAGCUUGGGGCACGCCGUCUUCAGGAGACCUAUCAGAUAAUCUGCCUGAUUCCGAUCAUGGAACCUUAUCGUCCCCAACAAAGUCGUCAUCAUCGUAUGCUGGUGAUGACGAUACGGAGCUGAUGAUGGAUGAGCUACUGAUGGCGCCAACUAUAACGGGGCCCACGACAUUACGGCCACUAUUGCCCAGGGAUGUUUUUAGGCGAAGACUGGAGCCGUUGCUUGAAGAAGAAUUCUCGGAAAGUGACAGCGAAGAUAACAAGGCUACUCCAACCAAUUCUGAUGACCAGGGCAGCGGGCGUGGCCUGGGUGCUGACGACUGUUGCGACGCGCCGCGCCUGCCGUCCUCUGUUUCAGGGUCAGUAGCAGAGGACGGGGGUGCGGGCGACGCACCGGAUGUUGGAAGGGAGGAAAAUUGUGUCGCCGAGUCAGAACUGAGCCCAGAUCGGACACCAACCAACGAAGUGCCCUCGAUGCCCUCACAAUCUGUUUCAAAAGAAUGUGCGGAACGAGCCGGUGCGUUUGUUGGCGGUCGUCGGGGCUCAGCCAGUUCGGCCAGCACGCCCUCCACACUCGAACGUACCACCAUCCACAACCCCACGCCCCAUCUUCAGCUGUCACCAGCUUCGGAGCACCCAUCAGUCCCGGAAACUACCCAACCGGAGGAAACCAAGCCUCCAUCGCCGGAAGAACGGCUCAGUCCUCGGACGGAGAUGAGACUGGCAUUGGAUCAGGGGAAGGACAUGCUAGCAGAUCAAGAGGGUGGCGGGUCCGACCCCUGGUCGUUUCGCGCGGCGUGUCAGCGGUCACUGCUGCGCCGCGUGGCGAGCGCCGACGCGGUGACCCUGUGCCGCGCGCACCCGCGCCGCACCGCCCCUCAUACUACUUCGCGCAGUUCUGUAUAUGCAUGGAAACUUCCAGAAAGCGAGAAACUUAUGGAGAUGGAGCAACUGGCACGAGUGGAAGCUCAGACGAUGCGUUCGCGGACGCGCUCUCAAUGCCAGAACGGGACGAUAUUGGGUUUCCUCCGCCGCCGAGCAUCAUCCGAUAGCCCCCGCCGAGAGCCCUUUAUGCCAGGCACAGACCGACCGUUCUCGCCACGUCGCACGACCGAGAAACAUUUCGAGAAAAGAUUCUGGAAGCAAGUGAAUAGAAGACGUCAGUCUUGCGGCUCCAUCAGUCAAAUAUAA